CACGUGCGCGUUAGGUAAUAGAUAUACUGAUUUGUUUGUACUAAGCUUGUUUUUUAUACAAUUUUUGUCUAAACUUAUUUUUGUGGAUGUGAUGUCCGAGUUAUUAAAUUUUACAGUUUAAGGGAAUUAAACUAGAAGGAAUUUUAUUACUUGUAGUUUUGUAUACGUUUAGCUACUGUAUCAAAUUUGUUAAUAUGGCUUUUGAAAAACUCACCAAAAAAAUGAAUAAAAAUCAAGAGAAAACUUCUGGACUAUAUAAAAUUGCUGCAAGAAUACUUAAAAAAGUCAGAACAGGAAGCAGCUAUAAAACUCAGCUUUAUCAAGCUCAGUAUCCAAACAAAUUAUUAUUGAAUGCUGUGUUGAUGAAUGUUUUUAAAUGGGAAAAGGUAAUAGAUGUAUUAGUAGAAAAAAGUAAUAUAUUAGAAAAAGAAAAUAAUAUGGACCGUGAUUUAGUAUAUGUAUUUAUUACUGAAAUGAUGUGGUCAAAAUUUGGAUUAAAGAGUGAUGCUAAAAAUAUAUUAGCAGUAAAAAAAUAUAAGGAUGAAUUUUUAAAGCUUAUAAAAGAAAAUGAUUUAGAAAAACUAUCUGUUUCCACAAUUUCUAAAGCUUUCAAACCUAGGUUUUUUCGUAUUAACACAUUAAUAACUACACUUGAAGAAAUGUUAGAAAAAUUAUCAAAACUUAAAUUUAUUAAGUUAGAAACACCAAAAUCUUAUGCUGAAUUUUUGGAAUUAAUCAAAUCUGACAAAUUUAAAAAAAAAAAUGUUUUUGUUCAAGAUGUUCACAUUAAAGAAUUGUUAGUUUUCAAUUCAAAAGUGAAGUUUUAUGAACUCGAAGAGUACAAUAAUGGGUCUUUAAUUGUUCAAGAUAAGGCAAGUUGUUUGGCUGCUUAUUUAUUAAAUCCAGAACCAAACAGUACUGUAUUAGAUAUGUGUGCUGCUCCUGGUAUGAAAACAUCACAUUUAGCUGCUAUUAUGCAAAAUACAGGUAAACUCUAUGCUGUUGAUCGCUGUAAAGAGAGAUUCAAUGUUAUGCAAAAAAUGUUGGAAAAAUAUCAUGUAAAAAAUGUGGAAACAUUCAAUAUGGAUGCAUUAACUUUUCCUUAUUAUGAUGAUGUUAAAUACAUACUGGUAGAUCCAUCGUGUUCUGGUUCUGGUAUUGUGGAUAGAGUUCGGAAUGAUUCAUCGGGACAAAAUCAAAAUUUUCAAAUAAGAUUGAAAAAAUUAGCUAAUGUGCAUGCCCAAUUAUUAAAUCAUGCAUUAAAGAGCUAUCCUAAUUUACAACGCUUAGUUUAUUCCACAUGUUCAGCAAAUCACGAAGAAAACGAAGCUGUCGUUGAUGAAGCUUUAUCUGUUAAUGGGAAAUUUAAGCUUUUGGAUUGUACUAAAAUGGUGAAAGACUGGACUAACAAAGGAGUUCCUGGUUAUGAUUGUUCAGAAAUGUGUCUUAAUGCUGUUCCAAAUGAUGAUUGUACUAAUGGAUUUUUCAUUGCUGUGUUUGUUCGUCGAGAUUUAGAAGAAAUAGAAGUUGCAGAAAAGGAAAUAAAUAUUGAAGAUAAUGAAGUUAUAGAAGAGAAAGAAGAAACUGAAAAUAAUGAAGUUGUAGAAGAGGAAAAAAUUAAUGAAAGUCCUGAAGUUGUUAAUAAGAAGAAUAAAAAAUCUAAGAAAUCGUUAGUUAUGAAUACUGAUAAAAAUGUAGAGAGUAAAUCUCGAGUAAAAAAAAAAGAGAAUAUUGAAUGUACACCAUUAGUAAAAAGUAAAAAUGCAAAAAGAAGGGAAAGAAGGCUUAAACUGGAACAAUCAUAUGGUACAGAUAUUAAAAAAUCUAAAAAACUUAAGAAACAAAAAAAAGUCAAAAUAGAAGAAGCUUAAUUCUUGUAUUAUUA